AUGGCUGCGAAACUUGGUUUGGUUGAUUCAGUGUUUUUUACGGAACCUGCGAUACUGAACAAUUGGGAAGAUCUAAUGCGCCGGACAGAGAGAUUGUAUUAUAUGUUGAAUGGUGACAAGUCAAACGGGGUUUUGUCGUCCAAGGCUAAUAAAAUACGAUUAGCAUCUUUCCUGGAACGGAAGACUAAGCACAAGCCUCUGGAUCCUGUUUCCGCAUUCCUCGGUGAUAACACAUUUCUCGGAGAAGAACAUGAUUCUGACUCCUUGAUGUCAAGCAGUGAUUCAUCGACGGGCAAGCCGACGGGCAAGCCGACGGGCAAGCCGACGGGCAAGCCGACGGGCAAACCCAAGAGCAAAUCUAAGGCUGAUAGCCAAGUCGCAUCUUUCGCCGAGAUUGGUUCAUCCACGGAAGGUGACAGCCCGAACACGGGGAGUUCGAAGAAGGGAAAUUCGAGCAAAAAAAGUUCGGGCGAUGGUGAAUCAGCACAGGAUGAUGCGUCAGCAAAGGACGCAAAAUCAAUGGGUAGCUUCAGUUCGAAAGUAGCUGGCACAAACGCAGGCCAGCGGUUGAAAACGGAGGUGGGGUGGACGCCUGAGGAUACAUCAUCAGGUGAUUCAUCAUCGUUCCAGGCAGCUUUGCAGAGCUUGGGGUUACGGAACGCGCAGGUCUUGAUUGACGAUGAGUUGGGAGGCGACGUUAAAGAUUUGGAGGACAUGGCAGCGACAUUAGAGUCGAGCAAGCUCCGUGAAAUCCGGACAGUCGAAUCCGACCCGAACAAUGACAAGAUACUCAUGACCAUCUUAGCUCAAAUGAACAAGACUUCCAGCAAGAAAGAAUAG